GCUUGCAGACUGAAUAUGCUUGCAGACUGCAUAUGCUUGCAGAUCGCAUAUGCUUGCAGACUGCAUAUGCUUGCAGACUGCAUAUGCUUGCAGAUCACAUAUGCUUGCAGACCGCAUAUGCUUGCAGAUCACAAAUGCUUGCAGAUCGCAUAUGGCAUAUGCUUGCAGAUCGCAUAUGGCAUAUGCUUGCAGAUCGCAUAUGCUUGCAGAUCACAUAUGCUUGCAGAUCGCAUAUGCUUGCAGAUCGCAUAUGCUUGCAGACAGCAUAUGCUUGCAGAUUGCAUAUGCUUGCAGACAGCAUAUGCUUGCAGAUCGCAUAUGGCAUAUGCUUGCAGAUCGCAUACGGCAUAUGCUUGCAGAUCGCAUAUGCUUGGAGACAGCAUAGGCUUGCAGAUCGUCGCAUAUGCUUGCAGGUCGCAUAUGCUUGCAGAUCGCAGUUGCUUGCAGAUCGCAUAUGCUUGCAGAUCGCAUAUGGCCUAUGCUUGCAGGUCGCAUAUGGCAUACGCUUGCAGAUCGCAUAUGGCAUAUGCUUGCAGAUCGCAUAUGGCAUAUGCUUGCAGAUCGCAUAUGGCAUAUGCUUGCAGAUCGCAUAUGGCAUAUGCUUGCAGA